AAAAAAACCAAAAAACCAAAAAUUUCCAAAAAGCAAAAACAAAAAGAGAGAGAGAGAGAGGAAAAAAAAAUCCAAAACAAACAAACAAACAAACAAGGCAGAACCAACCUCUACUUCAAACCAGCCGGCACAAGCCACCCGUGUCCGCCACCCAGAGAGGGGGGUCUCUGGCCCGUGGUGGAGGAGUUGCAGGGGGGAUCGCCAGGGGGACAGAGGCCGAGUGACGCCCUAGGAGCCACCGGGCAGGAGGCGGAGGAGACCCAGAGAGGCGAGAGAGCAGCGGGCCCCCGCGCGCGGCUCGGGGCUGGGGCGCCAGAAGUGGGACUGGAGCGAAGUAGAGCGAUGCCAAGGAGGAAACAGCAGGCACCCAAGCGGGCGGCAGGCUACGCCCAGGAGGAACAGCUGAAGGAACAGGAGGCCAUAAAAGAAGAAGAGGAGGAAGAGGAGGACGGGGGUUCAGUAGCUCAGCUUCAGGGCAGCAAUGACCCAGGGACAGAUGAGGAGCUAGAAACGGGCCCAGAGCAGAAGGGCUGCUUCAGCUACCAGAACUCUCCCGGAAGCCACUUGUCCAAUCAGGACGCGGAGAAUGAGUCUCUGCUGAGCGAUGCCAGUGACCAGGUCUCAGACGCCAAGAGCGUCUGCGGUCGGGAUGCCCCGGACCAGAAAGCCAGCGUGCACCCAAAGCUGCCCGGGGAAAGCCACAACUGCAUGGAUAAAAUGACCGCUGUCUACGCCAACAUCCUGUCGGAUUCCUACUGGUCGGGCCUGGGCCUCGGCUUCAAGCUGUCCAGCAGCGAGCGGCGGAAUUGUGACACCCGCAAUGGCAGCAGCAAGACUGAUUUCGACUGGCACCAAGACGCGCUGUCCAAAAGCCUCCAGCAGAACUUGCCUUCCCGAUCCGUGGGGAAGCCCAGCCUGUUCAGCUCGGUGCAGCUGUACCGGCAGAGCACCAAGAUGUGCGGGACCGUGUUCACCGGGGCCAGCAGGUUCCGCUGCCGACAGUGCAGCGCCGCCUACGACACCCUGGUCGAGCUGACCGUGCACAUGAACGAAACGGGCCACUACCAAGAUGACAACCACAAGAAGGACAAGCUGCGCCCCGCCAGCUACUCGAAGCCCCGGAAGAGGGCUUUCCAGGACAUGGACAAGGAGGACGCUCAGAAGGUUCUCAAGUGCAUGUUCUGUGGCGACUCCUUCGAUUCCCUCCAAGAUCUGAGCGUCCACAUGAUAAAAACAAAACAUUACCAAAAAGUGCCUUUGAAGGAGCCAGUCCCAACCAUUUCCUCGAAAAUGGUCGCUCCCGCCAAGAAACGCGUCUUCGACAUCAACCGACCGUGCUCCCCCGAUUCGACCACGGGCUCGCUGGCAGAUCCCUUCUCUUCCCAGAAGCCCGCCGGCCUGCCGCUGUCGUCCAACAACCGCUACGGCUACCAGAACGGCGCGAGCUACACCUGGCAGUUCGAGGCCUGCAAGUCCCAGAUCCUCAAGUGCAUGGAGUGCGGGAGCUCCCACGACACACUGCAGCAGCUCACCACCCACAUGAUGGUCACGGGCCACUUCCUCAAGGUCACCAGCUCAGCCUCCAAGAAGGGGAAGCAGCUGGUGUUGGACCCACUGGCCGUGGAGAAGAUGCAGUCGCUGUCAGACGCCCCGAGCAGUGACUCGCUGGCUCCCAAGCUGUCUGGGAACUCGGCUUCCGAUGGCGCGGCCUCUACCACCGAGCUAAAGAAAGAGGGCAAGAAGGAAAAACCGGAGGAGAGCAGCAAGGAUGAGAAAGGCAUGAAGCGGGAGGAGUAUGAGGACCCUCUGCAAAAGCCUUUAGACCCCACUAUAAAAUACCAGUAUCUAAGGGAGGAGGAUUUGGAGGACGGCUCCAAGGGCGGAGGGGACAUUUUGAAGUCAUUGGAAAACACCGUCACCACAGCCAUCAACAAGGCCCAGAACGGGGCUCCCAGCUGGAGCGCGUACCCCAGCAUCCACGCAGCCUACCAGCUGUCGGAGGGCACCAAGCCUGCUUUGCCCAUGGGAUCCCAGGUCCUGCAGAUUCGACCUAACCUCACCAACAAGCUGAGGCCAAUUGCACCCAAGUGGAAAGUGAUGCCGCUGGUCUCGGUGCCCGCCAACCUGGCCCCAUACACCCACGUGAAGAAGGAGCCCGACGACAAAGAGGAGGCCGCCAAGGAUUGCGGGAAAGAAAGCCCCCGGGAGGAGGCAUCGCCUUUCAGCCACAGUGAGGUGGACGCUUUCUCCAAAAGCGAAACCCCUUCCGAAUCCCAGAAGGCCGAGCCUUGCCUCCUGAAGGAGGAGGCCAGGCUGGCAGAGGAGGGAGGCGAGCCCGAGAAAUGCGCGCCCCUGGAGCCCGCGCCCUCUCUCAGCAACGGGUGCGCCCUCCCCACGCGGGCGCCGGCCCUGCCGUGCAUCAACCCGCUCAGCGCCCUGCAGUCCGUCCUCAACAAUCAUCUGGGCAAGGCCACGGAACCCCUGCGCUCCCCUUCCUGCUCCAGCCCGAGCUCAAGCACAAUUUCGAGGUUCCACAAGUCCAAUCUCAGCGUCUUGGACAAGCCGGGCUUGAGUCCCGCCCCCACGCGGCCGGCCCCCGUGUCCAGGCGCUACCUGUUUGAGAGCAACGAUCAGCCCAUCGACCUGACCAAGUCCAAGAGCAAGAAAGCCGAGUCCUCGCAAGCACAGUCCUGCACGUCCCCGCCUCAGAAGCACGCUCUGUCUGACAUCGCCGACAUGGUCAAGGUCCUCCCCAAAGCCACCACGCCGAAGCCCGCCGUUUCCUCACGGGGCGCCCCCAUGAAGCUGGAAAUGGACGUCAGGCGCUUCGAGGAUGUCUCCAGCGAGGUCUCGACUUUGCAUAAAAGGAAAGGUAGGCAGUCCAACUGGAACCCUCAGCACCUCCUGAUCUUGCAGGCACAGUUCGCCUCAAGCCUCUUCCAGACGUCGGAGGGCAAGUACCUGCUGUCCGACCUGGGCCCUCAAGAGAGAAUGCAGAUCUCCAAGUUCACAGGGCUCUCGAUGACCACCAUCAGCCACUGGCUGGCAAACGUCAAGUACCAACUUAGGAAGACGGGCGGGACAAAGUUUCUGAAAAACAUGGACAAAGGACACCCUAUCUUUUAUUGCAGUGACUGUGCCUCCCAGUUUAGAACCCCUUCUACUUACAUCAGUCACUUAGAGUCCCACCUAGGUUUCCAAAUGAAGGACAUGACCCGCAUGGCCGUGGAACAGCAAAGCAAGGUGGAACAAGAGAUCUCCCGGGUGUCGUCGGCUCAGAGGUCUCCGGAAACAAUAGCUGGUGAAGAGGACACAGACUCUAAAUUCAAGUGUAAGUUGUGCUGUCGGACAUUUGUGAGCAAACAUGCAGUAAAACUCCACCUAAGCAAAACGCACAGCAAGUCACCCGAACACCAUUCACAGUUUGUAACAGACGUGGAUGAAGAAUAGCUCUGCAGGUAUGGGUUUGCUCCCAGGUGAUGGGACAGUAGCCUUGUGAGGAGCUUCUUGAUGGGAGAUGGGUCCAUUUAGAGGCAGCUCAUGUCUCUCAGUACCAAGAGGACAGUAGCCUGCUGGAAUAGGACUUAUUUGUAUGAGAGACUAGAACAUGAUAAGUCCUAACCAUCUCAAUGUCUCCCGGUUAGAGUUGGUGGAUAGAAUGAAAUGGGUUCAGAGAGAUGGAGUUCACAGAUUACCGCUUCGUGGUAUGUGACCCCCUUACUGACCCAGGGCCCAACUCUGAAGGUCCAGCCAAGGCUACGCCUCUUUUAAUUAAUACGUACGGACUUCGUCACUGCCCCGGUUCACCCCUCACCUUCCCAUAGCGACGCUAAUGACUUAGAAAGUGAGUGAAGGGUGAGCAGCAGAACGAAGAGUGUAGAGUUUCUGGGGGCAGCCACUAUGCAGAGAUUUCUUAAUCAGCUCGUGAACUUUAUUAUUAUUGUAAUUAAUGCUUUUUGCAGCUUCCUUUCGGGGCAGUUGCUACCUUCCCCUUCCGUUCCUCUCUUUCUUGCCUCCAGUAGGUUUGCUAGGAGAGAGCAUCUGCCUUGUAGUCAGAUGGCAGGAAAAUAUUCUCUGCAGAACAUUGAGGUGAAAAGAGAGGAAGCUUAUUUUCUUCUCUCGUCCUCUGGUUUGCUUUAGGAUAGGCUAAUAUCAGCGUUCACCUUUAACC